AUGCUAGACGAUACUCUAUCCUCCCUCAUCGACGAUAUUACACAGAAUAGUUCAAACUCUCUUGCGCCGGACAAUAACCUACAGCACUGCAAAGACCAUCUCGACCAUCUCGAAACGGCAUCCAAGCUGGCCCUUCUUAGAGAAUGUUUAUGUGUACGGCCACCAGUACCACUUCUCCCAGAGAAUAUCUUUCAAAAUAUUGAAUCAAUUCUCAUGCGCGUGAGAGAACAUAAGCUACUCACCCCACUAUUUUCACUUUCUGCUUCACGAACCAUCACACAUGACACGUUGAGACAUACAAACAUUCAUCUCUGGAGAGGCGACAUAACAACUCUAACUGGUAUCACCGCCAUCACAAACGCAGCCAACAGCCAAGGCCUUGGAUGUUUCCAGCCAACCCAUCGAUGUAUUGAUAACAUUAUCCACUCCGAAGCAGGGCCACGUCUCAGAGAAGAAUGCUUUUGGAUGAUGAAAGAAAGAUCGAAAGACCUCGAGCCCGGUGAGGUACUUGUCACUGGAGGUCAUGCGCUGCAGGCCUCUUCGGUCAUACAUACAGUUGGGCCACAGCUCAAACGCGGUGCUUCGCCUACAGAUAUGGAGAAGGCUCAGCUUGAGAAGUGCUACGAAGGUAUUCUCGACGCUGUGGAGCAUUUGUCGCCUGAUCAGGAUGGCAGAAAGUCAGUUGCGCUUUGCUGUAUUUCGACGGGUCUUUUCGCCUUUCCAGCUGAUGAAGCUGCCAAGAUUGCUGUGUCAACUGUCACGUCGUGGUUGGAAAGUCAUUCAUCGACAACAAUCACAGAUGUCAUCUUCAAUACAUUCACAGAAUCUGACACCAAUAUCUAUACCGCGCUUCUUGGUUCUUGCUCGACUUCAAUCUCGCCUCCCAUCAAAAGCCCGGCGGAAGGUUCUCUUCGAGUAGCCCGAGACAUGCUCCGCUCAGCUGAUGCUGUCUUGGUCACCGCUGGCGCAGGAUUGUCAGCUGCAGAAGGAUUGGACUACCACUCGAGAGAUCUAUUCAAGAAGAAUUUCCCUGGUUUCCUCAAAUUCGGGUUGACGUCUCUUUACAGUGUGUUUGGAUACAAUGACUGGCCAUCUGAGGAAUACCGAUGGGGUUACUUUUUUACUCAUUUGAACAUGAUAUCAAACUGGUCAAACACGCCCACAUAUCAGGCUUUGAUACCAUGGCUCAAGGAAUUUGGUCCUGAUGCAUUCGUCAGAACAUCCAAUGCAGAUGGACUGUUCCUCGCAAAUGAAUGGUCGGAAAAGCAGCUUUCUACACCACAGGGUUCAUAUGCCUAUUUACAAUGUCUAAACAACUGCAGAACCGAUGCUUUUGUCCCUUCUGCUCCUUUGGUUGCUGCAGCGAUGCCAUUUAUUGAUCCUGUGAGCCAAAAAUUGACUGAUUCGACAAAAAUCCCAGUUUGUCAAUUCUGCGGAUCAAAGAUGAGUAUUUGCGUUCGCGCAGCAUCAUGGUUCAAUCCAUCGCCGUACAAAGACGGUGAAACACAAUGGAAGGUUUGGAAAUCUCGAAUCACAAAAGAAAAGAAAAAAUUGGUGAUUCUGGAACUUGGUGUUGGAAUGAAUACGCCUGGUGUUUUGAGAUGGCCGAAUGAAGAUCUUGUUGAGAGAAGUCAUGGAUUAGUGAAGUUGGUACGCGUCGGGAUGGGACCUGAAGCGAUGGUACCUUGGGAGCAAGAAGAUAGUGGGCUGAGUACUUUUAUUCAGGGCGAUAUUCAGCGCGUUGUGCCGCUAUUGUUGGAUAAUGUACGGGAAUAA